GCUCUGCCCCGGGAUUUGUUCAGCUCUGGGGAUUUUAAUCAGCCGUUGAUGCAUCUCGGGGUGUCAGAGUCCAUGAGAGAGUGCGAGUACAGCCAGAUCAGUACUCGCAGCUCGACACCGAUGGAGACCCCGUACAAGAAAAGGACCCCAAAGAAGAGGAAGUGGGAGAUCUUCCCGGGGCGGAAUAAGUUUUACUGCGAUGGCAGGGUUAUGAUGGCCAAGCAGACGGGGGUUUUCUACCUCACCCUUAUCCUCAUUCUAGUCACUUGUGGACUUUUCUUCACCUUUGAUUGUCCAUUCCUGGCGCAGCAGCUGACUCCAGUCAUCCCGGUCAUAGGAGAUGUGGCUAAUGGCGGUACCGGCUACAGGCCCCCUCCCAGGACUAAGGAGGUGGUCAUCAACGGCCAGACAGUCAAGCUGAAGUAUUGCUUCACCUGCAAGAUCUUCAGACCACCGCGUGCCUCCCAUUGCAGCCUCUGUGACAACUGUGUGGAGCGCUUCGACCACCACUGUCCCUGGGUGGGGAACUGCGUGGGGAGGAGGAACUACCGCUUCUUCUACAUGUUCAUCCUCUCGCUCUCCUUCCUCACCAUCUUCAUCUUCGCCUUCGUCAUCACGCACAUCAUUUUAAGGUCUCAUCAAAACGGCUUCCUCAGCGCGCUCAAAGACAGUCCUGCCAGUGUGCUGGAGUUGGUGGUGUGUUUCUUCUCUGUGUGGUCCAUCGUGGGCCUCUCAGGCUUCCAUACCUACCUGAUCAGCUCCAACCAGACCACCAAUGAAGACAUAAAAGGUUCAUGGUCAUCUAAACGAGGGAAGGACAACUAUAACCCCUACAGCUAUGGAAACAUAUUCACCAACUGCUGCGCGGCGCUGUGUGGACCCCUGCCGCCGAGUCUCCCCUCCUUUGUCGUCUUCACGCCUUCCUUUCGUUUGUUUUCUUCUUUGCAAUUUUCAAAUUCUGCGUCACGCCCCCCCUCCCCCAAUGUCUGUUGCUUUGACCCGCACACCCCCUCCCUCGUCUCCCUUCUCCUUGUUGGCGCUUUCUUUCAGUGUGACCAAGACCAGUGCAUUCAGAGCACCAAAUUCGUUUUGCAGGCCGCCGCCACCCCGCUACUCCAGCACCAGAGCAGCGAGCCCGUCAUCCUAACCACAUCCCCCGAAAACGGAGGGACGCUACCUGGCCGCGCCUCCCUCGCCCUGACGGGGCCCUGCACCUCGCUGCCCCUCGGCCAGCCCACCCCUCCGACCUCCACCUCCAGCUUAAGCUGCCACGAGGCCGCCGACAAGCUGCCGGUCCACGGACACACCCUCGCACACAACCACAGCAACCCCCUGCAGGAGUCGGUGUUCCAGCACCACUUCCUUACGCCAGAGGAAGUGCCGUCGCCGCCCGGCAUGCUCCACUGCGGCAGCCCCAUGGGCCACAGCCACACCACGCAGGCCGGCUUCUACGACCCGGCCAGCCAGGACUCGCUGCACGAGGACUCCGUCAGAGGGCUGGUGAAGCUCAGCUCCGUCUGACGCCUCCAAUGAAAACACUGAGAUCACUGAAGUCAGCUGACCCCCACCCACGCUCACGGGUGGGGGUUCAAACUCAGCUGUUGGAACCUGUGGACCUAAAUCAGAUUUGUCUUCAGACGUUUUUCUUCCCAAACGUCUCAGCUGGAGCUGGAAGAUCAUUCCUGUUAUUUCUGUUUGAAACUCCGGGGAAGUUUAAUCCGUUAACUCUGGAAACUUCACAGGAGACGUUUCAGGUUUUUGUUCCACUUCAAUCCAAAAUAAAAGUUUGGGUGAGAAGGCGGAGCGUCGCAGCUCUGACUCCUUUUCUAAAACCUUCUCCUGUGUGCCCGUUGCUGAUUGGACGGUGUCUUCUUGCCUUUUUUUCUUGGACAUGGUCAGCAGUGCGAUGGUUGAUGUCUUCAUGUUGCAUAUCAUCAAGCUUUUCUAUGUAAAAGAGACUGUUGUAUUGUACUAUGGUUAUUACAACUUACAGAUUAUAUUUCCUGUGGAUAUUAAUAAAACCAUCUUUUUAUCACA